AUGACCGCUGGGGACUCACAUCUGAUGCGGUCGCCAGUUGGCGGUCCUACGGUCGAGCUGGUCGUACGACCAGCGUCUGAUGAUCGCGUCGGUCGGGUGCACCCGGUCUGGGCUGUUGUAUCCGACCUCACAACGCUGACCAUCAGUACCUGGGCACACCGCCCCGGCCCUCUGCUCUCAGGCCUCCGACCUCGUAGGUGUUCAGACCACAUGCCUAGGCCCGCCAGGGACUUACACCCCCAGGUAUAUCUCCAGGGCGGGCUUCCGUCGCUAAGGUCUUGCGGGAGACUUUAA